AAGGCUCGGGCGCCGCCGCCUGCCCCGGCCCCUCGGCCUCUCCCAGUGGACAUGGACCCCGGCUCGCUGGACGCGGCGGUGCAGGACGCCCUGCGCGCUCUCUACCCGCCCUUCGAGGCCACGGCGCCCACGCUGCUGGGCCAGGUGUUUCGCCUCCUCGAGAGCCGCUACGGCGGGGACGGGCUGCGCUGCCUGCUCGACUUCCUCAUCCCGGCCAAGCGCCUCUUCGAGCGCGUGCGCCAGGCGGCCUGCGCUCCCUACAUGGACUGCGUCUUCCUGCACGAGGGCUGGCCGCUGUGCCUGCGCGAGAAGGUCGUGGUGCACCUGGCGCCGCUCAACCCGCUGCUGCUGCGCGCCGGCGACUUCUACCUGCAGGCCGAGCCCUGCGCCGAGCGCGCCGCCCGCAUCACCCUCAAGCACCUCUCCCGCGACCUGCGCACGGUGCAGGAGACGCCGCUGCCCGAGGCCACCUACGCGCUGCUCUUCACGCACGAGUGGCUGGAGGGCAUCAACCGCGGGCAGGACGGGGCGCCGCUGCACGCCUGCCUGGUGGCCAGCGAGGACGGCGUGGCCCCGCUGCCCUGGAGCAGCAUYGCCACGCCGCAGUUCGUGCAGCAGCGCCGGGCGGGAGCCUCCUGCCCCGCCGCAGCCUCCUCUCCGGCGGGAGCUCCGGGGGCGGCCGCGGAGCCGGCACCGCCGCGCGCUCCAGGGCGCCUGUGCGCGGCCAGUGCGGCAGGACCCUACUGCAACCUCRUGGGCUGCAGCGACGGCUGCAGCGCCUCGUGCCACGGGAAAUACCCGGGGCUCAUCAAGGUGGAGCAGCUGGCACCGCGGCAGGAGCCGGCGCCGCGGCCGGUGCCCGGCCCGGGCGAGACCCUCAGCCCGGAGCUGGCCGGGGAGGGGCUCCCCAGGGACCCCCGGUGCCUCGGGCCCCGCGGCCGCUACCGCGACUCCUACCUGGCCGCCCUGCAGAACCCCGUGAGCUUYGGGCCCGGGCUCAUGGGUGCCAUCCUGGAGGAGCCCGCAGGCCCCAGGGACGCGCCAGGCGCGGGCACCAGCACAGAGCAGUCCCGACCCUGCCCCGGCAGCAGSCCCGUGCGGCUCCGCUGCUGCCCGCCCGCCGGCGCCGAGGGGGCCCCCGUGCACGGUGACCCCGACCCGCUCCRGCCCCCGGCUCGCCCAGAGGCACCGGCCUCCAGCCACAGGUUCUCCUUCCUGAAGGGCGCCCGGCUCGGGGCAUCGCCCGGGGGUGGCUGUGCSGCGGACCGGGCCGCCGGCCACCCCGAGGGGCCCUGGAGGAAGAUGACGGCCAUUUACUCGCCCAGGAUGGGCCGAGCUAAAGGCACCAGCAAAGGGCCAGCCCUGGUGGCAGAUGCCACCGCAGAGGACGGGUCCCCACCGAGUACCCACAGUGCCACUGAGCCCCACCAAGCCAAACACGGUGCCCCGCGGCCGCUGGCCUGGCAGGACCUGCACACCGGGCUCCUGCUCUCCGGCAUCGUGUGUCUGCCAGGGAGCACCGACAAGCUGGGCCGGCCGCUCCUCCAGGUGAGCGCGAGCGGCAGCGCCUGGGAGGCUCCGUGGUGCUCGGCCGACGAGGUGGCGCGACUGCUCCUCUACCUGUGCUCCGUGCCCAGGAAGGACGCGGCGGCUGGGGGGCUGACGGUGCUCGUGGACGCGAGGAAGCAGCCGCCGUCCCCGGUGCUGUACGCGGCGCUCCGCUCCGUGCAGAGCCGCGCGCCCGGCGCCAUCCGCACGGUCCUGCUGCUGGCCGAGAAGGAGCUGGCGGUGCCGCGCGAGAAGCUGCCCGGGCUGCAGGUGGAGACGGUGCYGUCACUGCGGGCUCUGGGCCGCUACGUCGACAGCUCCCAGGUGACGCACGAGCUGGACGGCUCCUUCCCCUACUGCCACGGCGAGUGGGUGCAAUUCUUCCAGCGGCUGCAGCCCUUCACGGGCAGCCUGCAGCAGGCGCUGGAGCUGCUGCGGAGCUGCACCCGGGAGCUGCGCGGCACCGCCGGCCCCGCGGGACCCCAGGAGGCGGCCGCCCGCAUCGCGCGGCACGGGGAGCUGAUGCGCGCGCUGCUGCGCGAGCCGCAGCUGGCGGGGCUGCAGCGCGACGGCGGCGCCGCGCUGGCCCGGCUGCGCAGGGAGGCUGCCCGCCUCGGCGCCUCGCCCCAUGCCAGGAGCAGCCUGGAGGCAGCCGAGCGCCUCUACGAGCAGCUGGAGGAGGAGCUGCACGAGCUGGUGUCCACGUCCAACAGCUGCCUGCAGCACCUGGAGGUCCUGCGCAAGGCCGGGGAGCUGGAGGCCGAGCUCGGAGAGCUCGGGCGCUGGCUGGAUGGCGAAGUGGCAGCUCGGCGGGAGGAGUUGAGUGCCUGGGGCAGCCCCAAUGGCUCCGGGGAACCUUCCGAGCGCUUUGAGGAGCUCCUCGACCAGGCAAUGAUCACAGGAGCGGGUGCGGAGCGCAGGGAGAGCCCGGCCGGGAGCCUGGCGGACGCGCRCGGCUCCUCGCGGCCGCUCUCGCUGCACGGCUCCCUGGGCAGGCUGCAGGAGAUGGUGCUGCAGCCCAUGGGACCCAGGCGGCCGCCCGCGCCCGGCCCACCCCCCGAGGCCACCCAGUACUUCCAGGUGUCCAGCUGGAGCAGCCUCUCCUCGGAGGACUCGGACUCGCACGCGUCGGCCGAGGAGAGCCCGGCCCCGCGCGAGCCGCCCGCCACCCCCACCAAGCCCCCACGCAUCCUCUACCUGGAGAGGCCGCUCAGAGGGGACCCUGCUGCCACGGGCACCCUGUGA